AUGGCACCCGUGGAUGCUGCCCUGUCUCAGACCUUGCUCUCGCUGACCCAGAGCAAAAUCCGCGAACUACAAAAGCAACGCGAUGCAUAUGAGACCCGCAAAGCAGCCAUAAUACAGGCCUCAAAACAGCACUCGGACCCUCGCAGCCGCGUCUGGUCCCUCCUGGCUAGUAUGAAAGAAUUUCAACCGCAAAUGGCCGACGACGCCACGGUCAGCAACAUGGCGAGCUGGCUGCAGCAAGCGCGGUACGACUCUACCAUCCCGGAGGAAAUGCUUCUAGGGUUCGAGAAAGCGCUCUUGGAACGACUAGACAGGCGCAGUGCCAAACUGGCCAUGGCGGAUCUGUACUCUCGGCUCCUGACGGAGUGGGUGCAUCCACACUCGACCAAAGCCGCGGCUUCAGAGUCUGACUCCUCGGAGGAGGACGAUUACGAAGUUGUGGACGAGAGGCAGAAGCAACGACUGCAGCAGCUGUGCGAUCAAUUUGAGGCGACAGUAUUUGAGCCGCUGGAUACCGACCAGGACAAGAUCUUUGCCUUUCUCGAUGGGCUAUUCCCAGGGGAAGAAGGCCGCGCUGCAUUGGAGGACCUCCGGGAACAGAUCAUGGAGGAAACUACAAGCCAAUGGAAGACGGCGGAGCCCUUCAACGAGCGUUCGCUGUCGCUGUGUAUUAAGGGUCUUCUGUCGGAGGAUCUCGUGAGCGAAGAAAAGCGUGCCUUGCUCAAGUCCUUCCUGAAGAACCGGGUGGCAUUGAACGAGAUCGCGGAUGUGCUGAACUUCCGCUACGCGGACCUUGACCAGUGGGACUGGCACGCGGGGGAAGAGGGGAUUCCCGUUUUGCCGCGACCACAGCUUAACGGCAAAUACCGUAUCUGGAUGGACGAGGACGUGCUGCAGACACUCUUCGUACAAUACAUCGGCAGCCGGCUAUGCAAUCGGGUUAAGCUUGUUCUGCGGAAUUUUGUGGAGCAUUCAAAGCUCUGGAAGUGGUCGGCGCGUCCUACAAUGACGACAAGAGAUCACCUACGCCGGACAUUUUUUCUCGGGUCGCAGCAGGAAAUAGUGAGCCCGGAAGAAAAGCGCAAAAAUGAGUUUGUGCACACGUACUUCCUGUGCCAACUGCCGGAAACGCAGGAAGCUUGGUCCGAACGGGGCAUGGGAUCAUACGAUAACGACAAUGAUGAUGAGUCCGCAUCGGGAGAUACUAAAAAAGAAGGGAGAAACGUGAAGCAGAAGAUCCUGAGGAAGAUCGCCACAGAGACGCUGGUUCAUCGGCAGUUGUACGGCGAGGCGGCAGUCAUCCAGACGGACCUUAAGUGGUUUGCAACUUGCCUCUCGCACAGCACCAUCUUUGCUGUCAUGCGCUUUAUCGGAUUCUCCGAGGACUGGAUAGCCUUUUUCAAAAAGUAUCUCGAGUCGCCCCUCAACAUGGACCAAUCGUCUGAAGGACGAGAGCCUAAGGGGUCGCGGAUCCGCAGAAAGGGUGUCCCCAUGGCUCAUGCGUCGGAGAAGCUGAUGGGAGAGCUGGUACUCUUCUUCAUGGACCUAGCGGUCAACCGCGAAACAGGCAUGCUCCUGUACCGACUCCACGACGACAUCUGGCUUUCCGGCCAUCCAGACAAGUGCGCCCGCGCAUGGGAAGUGAUGCACGAGUUCGCAGAAGUGACCAAGCUCGAGUUCAACCACCAUAAAACGGGCUCAGUUUACCUAUCUGAGUCGCCGGACAAAGCCAUCGCAUCCCAACUUCCCGAAGGGCCCGUCAGAUUUGGCUUCCUGAAACUUGAGAGCACCUCCGGCGACUGGGUCAUCGACCAACCACAGGUUGACGCACACGUCCAGCAGCUUCAAACCCAGCUGAACCACUGCGAUAGCGUCAUCUCGUGGAUUCGCACCUGGAACAGUUGCAUCGGGCUCUUCUUCCGAAGCACCUUCGGGCAGCCCGCACACUGUUUCGGCCAGCCACACGUCGACUCCAUUCUGGCGACAUACCAGAAGAUGUACGACACGCUCUUCGGCAAGACAGACACUCCGACUGUCACGUCGCACCUGCGCCACAUGAUCAAAACGCACUUCCCCGACGCCCCAGAUGUCCCAGACGCGUUCUUCUUCAUGCCCGUGGAGCUCGGCGGGCUGGGUCUCCGCAACCCGUUCAUCCCGAUGCUGCUCGUCCGCGACAGCCUCCCCCAGCGACCGGCGCAGUUUGUUGAUGAGUUCGAGAAACAGGACAUCGAUGCGUACGACGAGGCCGCUCAGGAAUUUGCCGCGCUGUCAGAACGCACGAUCAAUGCACGCCUGCAGAUGGUGAACCCGCCUCAGGGUUCUAGCAAGCCACCUGUCGUGCGGUGGUCAGAGCAGCGCAACUUCAUGUUCUUCGACGAGUGGUGUCGGUUCCGAGAUAGCACGAGUUCCCCCCUUCGGAGGUGCUAUGAUAAUCUGAGCCAGGUCCCGUCCAAGUAUACAGUGGAUUGGACGAAUAAGGUGCUUGCUGCAUCCGAUAGUGUAAGAGGACGGGUGAACUUGGCGGGAAUGGAAGAGGAGGGCCGUUGGAUUCUGGAGCUAUACGCCGAGAGUCUGCUAAACGAGUUUGGGACCCUAGAUAUUGUGGAUCAGAAGUUCUUGCCCAUGGGCGUGUUGGCUAUGAUCAGGGAGAAGCGGGUCAAGUGGCAGAUGGUUCUAUGAGUAUCCUAAUUGGACAUAAUGAGGUU